UCUCUAUCGAAUUACUUUCUCUCUCUAGCUCGUUAUGUAAAAGUAGAUCUUACUUGGUUGUGAUUUUUGAUUGUCAUGUUCAAAUUGUUCGUUGAGAAUUGUUGAAUGUUAUUGCAAUUGUGGUUAUUGAGCUAUAAUUAUAAUCCCCUACAAAAUUGUGAGGUUACAUGAACGAAUUAGGGUUUCAGCUGUACUUGCUAUGUCAUGCACAUAAGCUGUUUGAUGAAUCACCUGACUGAAAAAUGAGCUACAUUAGCAAUUGUGGGGGUGGUCUAGGCAGGCUUGUAGGGUAUUGUGUCUGUGCAGUCGAAAUGGAAGUUUCUGGUAAUUGACGCGAAGAGUCCUUUUGGCAUUGACUUAUAACUAGGCUAGGGUUGUGAACUAAAAAAAUGCAUCGGUGAAUUAAGUAGGAUUACGAUAAUGGCCUGGAUAAGUGACUGUCUUUGGUGUUUUAAGUGUGUUUCUGAAGAGCUGCAUGGAGGAUGAAAUCAUUGUGUUAGUGUUAUUUUGAAAAUACAAAGUGGGACAUGUCAAUUGUUUGUUAAUUUCCCUUUGAAAGACAACAAUGUGGACUAGAAUGUUGCUGAGAGAAUGACAGAGUCAAUAUAUGGAAUCAAUCUGAUGCUCCAUCUGCUGUGGUGGUGACCCGUGUACUGUCGAGGGGACUUCCUUGUCACCUUGCCUGGUAUUUAUUUAUGUGUGGGAUGGGGGAUUUUAGUUGGUUGCUAUUUGUUUCUAUGGCUUUCUGGGUUUUCCCCCCCUUAAUCCUGCAUUUAUUUUGUUUUUAUCAUUUAUACCCUAUUCCCUCGACUCUUGAGCACUUCAAAACUUGGACAUGAUUCUAAGUUUGGAGGUCUUUUGAAUUGUGGUGAAGUGAUUGAGUUGAGGCUUGAGAAAAAGAAUCAAAAGCUUGACAAGAAGAGGUAUUUUUGCUACUAAAUAAGAGAAGAGAAAGAAUUGAAGAAAGGAAGAAAAAGAAAAGUAUGCUUGAAAAUUGGGCUUUAUCGAGCGUUGGAAGAUAAGGGAAAGGUUGGGUACAUCUUGUAAAUAAAGGAAAUGAAGAAAGGUCUUACUAGUUCAAGUAUUUGUGGUGCUUAAGGGAAUUUUGAGCUACUUUUAUCCAUAUAUAUCCUACCAUGCCGUAGCCUACAUUACAAUUAUUUACAUCCUUCAUAAACCCGUAUUUUGAUCCUAAGCCAAGUGACCUACAUUAGUGGAGAAUUACAAGAAGGGCAAGCCUAAAAACAUAAAUUGUUUUAAAUUUCUAACCUUUUCCGAAAUAUUGCGCUAUAUUUUAGGUGUAUCAAAUCAUCAUUUAGAAUCUUAUAUUGUAGUUUAUAGUUUUGUUUUACAACUUUUUGAUAUUGCCCAUUGCUAGUUGUUUUCCCCUUUGUGGGGAAACCUUUGAGAUGAGUGCUUUUCUUUUCUGAUAUUGGUUUUCUGAAUUAAUGUUUGGAUGUGUAGGUAGCUUCAUGUUUCAACUGAAAGUUUCUGAAAUGGGGAACAAUCUAUGUUACAGUCAUGGUGUAUUCUGGACAAAAGUCCUAUUUUUGGCGUCUCUUUGUUUCAUCAUGAUAUUUACAGAGAAAUUGCUCAUCUUAUCUUGAUAUUUCUAGCCAAUGUUUUUCUGAAUUUCUUGUGUUGAUCCUUAAUGUGAUGGAGAGAAGAAAAAUACAUUGAUUGCCCGGUUACUAUUUCUCAUAUCUAAAUUUUGUUGUUUCCUGAUCAUAGUUUGAGCUCUCAAGAUUUGUUAUACUUGAGAAAAAGCUUCAAUCUUUGGCGAGGAAAAAAAGUAGAGAGAGAGAGUAUCGGGUUGACAAUGGAUUCAGGUGAUGCAUCUGGAUAUUCAGCUGGGGUGGACGAUGAUUAUGAGUCUUUACUUUCAACGACUGAUGCAGAGCUCUUAAAACGAGCAUGGCGGAAUGAAAAGGCUGCUCCUGAAAUUCUUCAACAUGAGACUGCUUUGGUUCAAAGAUCCAGAGAACAAAUUCAAUUGAUGGAAGAAACAGUAGAGGAAUUUUCAAAAAAUGGUGUUGAUCCGCUCACUUUAUCUCUUUACCAGAUGGACCUCGAUAGAACUCUAUUUCUAUUAAGAUCAUACUUAAGAACCCGUCUCCAAAAGAUCGAAAAUUAUGCAUUUCACAUACAAAAAAAUACUGACUUAUGGAAUCGUCUCUCUAAACAAGAGCAGAAAUUUGCUGAAAGGUGUAUUGACGACACGGAGCAACAUCUAGAUCAAUCUGUUCUCUCAAAGUUGCCUCAUGGCUUCAAGUCCCACUUGAAGCAAUCUUCACUAAGUUUGGCAGAUGACAUGGUUCCUGAGCCGCAGCUAGAUCAAUAUGUCAUCUGCAGAAGCAAAAAGUUUUUAGGAUCUUUUCAGCUUGAUGACAGUGGGGAAGAACCAGUGAACAUUGAAGCCAAUGAUUUGUAUGCUCUACCUUACAAGUCUAUAAAGCCACUUGUGGAGAGUGGGCAGAUUGAUCUGGUAUGAGAGUAUAGGAAACAGAGCAGUCCUAUAUUGUGCAGACUCUCAAAAUAUGUUGCUGUACCCGUAUCAAAUCCUCCAAAAAUGCACUACUUUUGGAGGAUCCAGCACACCCAUGAACAUUUUUGAAAAAUUCGAGUUGGAAACAUUGCCCCUAUGUAUUCUGCUGAUAGGAAACUGACGAUAUGCCACAAAUCAAAAAUUAUAUUAUCUAACAAUGUUGUAGUUUGUAACAAAUGCAGCAUAGGAACUCCAACUCUUUUACAAUCCUAUUAACUGCUCAAGAAUGGUUUCCCUUAUUGUGGUAUGAA